GUCUUCCUCGUUGCCGUCCAUCUCAUCCUCGCGAAUCAUUACGUCUUCAAAAACAUGACUGAAAAGCCAUGGGCUGAUAAACCCUUCUCUCUAAUUCCUAUUCCCGGCACACCUGGCGCUCGAUCAAGUGCCAAUGCGGGUAUCCUCGCCGUCGCCAUUGAAAUGGCAAACGUUCACUGCGUGCUUGUCAGGGGGCUCAAUUCCAUCUACGUCCAGGCACCCCAUGUCAUACAAUCGACCGAUAUCGCAGAUUUCAUGCUCUACAUCAAAGCUUGGGGAGACAGUGUGCAUCACCAUCAUUCGUGCGAGGAAACGAUGUUCUUCCCGCUAGUUGAAGCACUGGCUCGAGAAGCAGGGGUAGUAGGAGCUAUGGACACGAACCUUGAGCAACAUCAUCUCUUCGACCAAAAGUUACAGGAUACGAUAGCAUACGUAGAAGAGGUUCACUUAGGAAGAAGUGAAUACUCCAGUGCAGGAUUGCUUGCGUUAAUCGACAGCUUUGCACCCGCCCUGACACAGCAUCUGCAUGAUGAGAUCGACUCCUUGCUCAAUCUGGAAGAUUGUGACGGCGAGAAAAUGAAGAAGGCCAUGGUAGAGACAGCUGAGGUGGCUCUCAAAGAUGCUGAUUCUAACCUCGUAGUACCCUUAUUCCUCGGUUGCAUCGACAAAACGUACCCUGGCGGGGAGAACUUCCCUCCUGUACCGUUCUUCGUGCCGUACUUGAAUGCAUACUGGUUUUCGCGGAAGCAUCAACGGAUCUGGCGGUUUAAUCCUAGCGAUCAUUGGGGAAAUCCAAGGGCACUACAGUUUCUUUUAUGAACUCGAUAUCUUGUCAUGCGAGGUUCUCUUGGAAAUGGGUUCAUACUACUUGUAUCACACCUCUUAGAGCACUAGACAAUCAUUUGACGUUUUCGAGAUUGAAGGCUCUUUCACCACGCAUUGUCAACUAAUGCCCAUCUCCCCCACGACUUACCCAUACAACUUCAAUAUAUUCGUCCACAAUGUCA